AUGCCAAGCCCAAUUCUACCGCAAGACUGGCGAUUCCUCUCGGAAGCUCGCUCUGCCACCGAAAGUAGAGGCGAUCAGGUGGCUGAGGCCAGUAGGAUGAAAGUGUUGCGUGAAGAGAUUCGAAGCUCGGUUCCACCACAAGACGACGACCAGCUGUCGAUUGGCUCUACUGUAAGAUUCAUGCUGACGCUGUUUCCAAGGCAAUCGGCAAUCUCCUUCGAUUCCGGUGAAAAGGUGCUAAGCUUUCGUCUGGACGGACGAGUUUUCUUGACUCGUUCGCUUGAAUUUCAUUGUGACCAUGAUACCUCGUUCGUGCACCGGAAUCGAAGGAGAUUGCCUCGGAAACAGCGUCACCGAGAAUGUUCCAGUAAAGCCAAUCGAAAACUGGUCAGAGGAAUCGGCCGUCGUCUUCUGAUGGAGGCGAGCUUCGAAUCUCUCCACGCAACACUUUCACUCGAAAUGGAACCACUUUUUCCCGUCCACUCGUACGCCACGAGUUUGGCCUAG